AUGUCCGCUCUUUCCAGCCCAGGCCUCCUGGGCCCCGAAAGCUACGAGCUUCCACCACACUCCUCCCACUCCAACAGAUCCAACACACCCAUCUUACACUCCGAUCCGGAAAAGUCCUCAAGAACAUACAAAAUCAGCUUCACUCAGCGACUCCGCCAUUUCACGUGGGCUUGGUAUACUCUCACAAUGAGCACGGGUGGCCUCGCCCUACUAAUCGCCAACCAACCCAACAAAUUCCCUGGCCUCGACCAGAUCGGUCUAGCAGUCUACAUCAUCAACCUCGUCCUCUUCGCCGCAGUCAGCUCCAUGAUGGCAGCUCGCUUCGUCAUUCACGGCAAUCUCAUCGAAUCCCUCGCCCAUGACCGCGAGGGUCUCUUCUUCCCAACCUUCUGGCUCUCCAUCGCAACAAUGAUCACCGGACUAGAAAAGUACUUCGGCGACGACCCAGCAACCGCCUUCUCCACAACCCUCCAAGUCCUCUUCUGGACCUACUGCGUCUGCACCUUCGCCGUCGCCGCCUUACAAUACUCCUACCUCUUCUCCUCCGUGACGUACAGACUGCAAACCAUGAUGCCCUCCUGGGUCCUCCCAGCCUUCCCCAUCAUGCUCAGCGGCACAAUCGCCUCCGUCAUCGCUGAGCGUCAACCCUCCCACUCCUCAGUUCCAAUCGUCGCCGCGGGCAUGACCUUCCAAGGCCUCGGCUUCAGUCUCAGCUUCAUGAUGUACUCGCACUACAUCGGCCGACUAAUGGAAUCGGGUCUACCCUGCCGCGAGCACCGCCCGGGAAUGUUCAUCUGCGUCGGUCCACCUGCUUUCACAGCGCUCGCACUGAUCGGUAUGGCACGCGGCCUACCGGAAACAAUUAGCGUGAUGGGCAGCGACGAUAGUGUCGCCGAUGGUCGGGUCCUCGAGAUUCUGGCACUAGCAACGGGCGCAUUCCUAUGGGCACUGAGUCUGUGGUUCUUUUGCGUUGCCCUGAUUGCAGUGGUGAGGGCUCCACCGACGGCGUUCCAUUUGAGUUGGUGGGCUAUGGUUUUCCCUAACACUGGCUUUACAUUGGCGACUAUCGUGUUGGGGAACUCGUUUGAGAGUAAGGCUAUUAAGGGUGUUGGGUCGGGGAUGUCGAUUUGUAUUAUCGCGAUGUGGUUGUUUGUCUUUGUGAAUCAUAUUUUGGCCGUGAUUCGGAGGGAUAUUAUGUUCCCUGGCAAGGAUGAGGAUGUCUCCGAGUAA